AAAAUUUUAUUGUUUUAAAAAAAAAAAAAUUUGCAGAGAGCUUCAAAAUCCCUAAAAAUGGAGGAGACGAUGAAGAAGCAAGACGACGUCGUUUUCAGAUCGAAGCUUCCAGACAUUUACAUCCCCAAACACUACCCUCUCCAUUCCUACUGCUUCGAGAAUCUCCAGGAGUUCAGCUCCCGUCCCUGCCUAAUCAACGGCCGGACCGACGAGGUCUUCACCUACGAAGAAGUCGAAUUGACGGCCAGAAAAGUCGCCGCCGGCCUGCACAAGCUCGGAAUCAAUCAAGGCGAAACGAUCAUGCUCCUCCUCCCAAACUCGCCGGAAUUCGUCUUCGCCUUCCUCGCCGCCUCCUACGCCGGCGCUGUCGCCACCAUGGCCAAUCCGUACUUCACUGCCGCCGAGGUCAUCAAACAGGCCGCCGCCUCCGCCGCGAAGCUCAUCGUAACCCAAACCUGCUACGUCGAGAAGGUUCUAGAAUAUUCCGCAGAGAAAGGAAUCAAAAUCGCGUGCGUCGACGCGCCGGCGCCGGAAGGUUGCCUUCCGUUCUCCGAUCUGAUCUAUUCCGACGAGCGCGAGACGCCGGCGGUGAAAAUCCUCCCCGACGACGUGGUGGCGCUGCCGUACUCCUCCGGCACGACGGGGCUGCCGAAGGGCGUGAUGCUCACGCACAAAGGACUCGUCACCAGCGUCGCUCAGCAGGUCGACGGCGAGAAUCCUAACCUGUAUAUUCACUCCGGCGACGUCAUCCUCUGCGUUCUGCCGCUCUUCCAUAUCUAUUCCCUGAAUUCCGUACUGCUCUGCGGCCUACGCGCCGGCGCGGCGGUGCUGAUAGUGCAGAAAUUCGACAUCGUCGGCGUUCUCGAGCUGAUUCAGAAAUACAGAGUGACGAUCGCUCCCUUCGUGCCGCCGAUCGUCCUCGCCAUCGCCAAAAGUCCGGCGGUGGAUCGCUACGAUCUCUCCUCCGUCCGUACGGUCAUGUCCGGCGCGGCGCCGCUGGGAAAGGAGUUGGAAGACGCCGUUAGAAGUAAACUUCCGAAAGCUAAGCUUGGACAGGGAUACGGGAUGACAGAAGCGGGGCCCGUGCUAUCGAUGUGUUUGGCAUUCGCAAAAGAACCGUUCGAGAUAAAAUCCGGCGCAUGCGGCACAGUGGUCCGCAACGCUGAGAUGAAGAUCGUCGACAUCGACUCCGGCGCGUCGCUUGGCCGGAAUCAGACCGGAGAAAUUUGCAUCCGAGGUGACCAAAUAAUGAAAGGUUAUUUGAACGAUCCGGAAUCGACGGCGAGCACAAUUGACAAAGACGGGUGGCUUCACACCGGCGACAUUGGAUUUAUCGACGGCGAGGAUGAGCUUUUCAUCGUCGAUCGACUCAAGGAAAUAAUUAAGUACAAAGGCUUUCAGGUUGCACCAGCCGAGCUCGAGGCCCUUCUCGUCAACCAUCCCCAUAUCUCCGACGCUGCCGUCGUCCCAAUGAACAAUGAGGAAGCUGGAGAAGUGCCGGUGGCUUUUGUUGUAAGGUCAAACGGGUCAACCAUCACUGAAGAUGAAGUCAAACAGUUUGUGUCCAAACAGGUGGUGUUUUACAAGAGGAUAAAUCGUGUUUUCUUCAUUGACGCGAUUCCGAAGUCGCCAUCAGGGAAAAUAUUGAGAAAAGACUUGAGGACAAGAUUGUCAGCUGGCGAGUUCCUCAGUUAACAAAUAAUUUUAUAUAAUUUUAUUUUAAAAAAAAAAAAAAAAAAAAAAACGAUAAACAGAA